CUCAAUUCUUUUUUUUUUCAAACGUCCAUCAUCAUCAUCAUCACCGUCGUCGGCAUCAUCGGCAUCAUCGUCUUUCGUAAUCAAACCACUUCAAUUGCGGUUGACAUUUUCAUCAUCGUCAUCGGUAACAUAGGAAAAUAAGAAGAAAGGCAUCUUCAGGGGCAGGAAGCAGCAUUGGUGGAUUGGGUUUGGACGUAGAAUGAGAACGGAUAGGUGGGCUAAGAGCAUGGGAAAGAUUUCAAGGUUUGGGGGUUUCGCAGUUGCUUCUUCUAAGGAAAACCAACAACAACAACAACAUCCUACUAUUACCUGCACCACUUUUAACAUUCUCGCUCCCAUUUACAAGCGCAUCAACCAUGAGGAUCCGAGUUGCCGCGAGAGCGACUACAGAGCGUAUUGGUUGGCGAGGAAUCACCGGAUAUUGGACUGGUUGUUGAAUGAGAUGUCUUCAAUUAUCUGUCUUCAGGAAUUUUGGGUUGGAAACGAUGAACUUGUUAAUUUAUAUGAGAAGAGACUUGGGGACGCUGGUUACGUGAGUUUCAAGCUUGGAAGGACAAACAACCGUGGGGACGGUCUUCUAAUAGCAGUGCAAAAGGAUUACUUUAAUAUUCUUAAUUACAAGGAGUUACACUUCAAUGACUUUGGGGAUCGUGUGGCUCAGUUGUUACAUGUUGAACUAGCUUCUUCGUUUUCACAAUGGCGAAACAGUAAUAUUAGGCAGGAGAUUUUGAUUGUUAACACUCACCUGCUAUUUCCCCACGAUUCAACUCUAUCCCUUGUACGACUGCAGCAGGUUUACAAGAUUCUUCAAUACGUAGAAUCUUAUCAGAAUGAUUUUCAACUCAAGCCAAUGCCAAUCAUGCUCUGCGGUGACUGGAAUGGAAGCAAACGUGGGCAUGUCUACAAGUUCCUGAGGUCUCAGGGCUUUGUAUCAUCUUAUGAUACAGCACAUCAUUACACUGAUGCAGACGCGGACAAGUGGGUUAGCCACCGCAAUCAUAGGGGAAAUAUAUGUGCUGUUGAUUUUAUUUGGCUCCUAAAUCCUGACAAAUAUCGAAAACUACUAAAAGCAAGUUGGAGUGAAGCAGUGUUCGGUAUGUUCAAGUAUCUGGUACGGAGAGCUUCAUUGACUGAGAGUGAUGCAUUUGCCUUUCUAAAGGCUGAUAAUGAAGAUUGUAUUACCUAUUCAGGUUUCUGUGAAGCACUUAAACAGCUCAGUUUAACUGGUCAUUGUCAUGGAUUAAAUGACGAAGAGAUCAAGGACUUGUGGCUCCAAGCAGACGUAAAUGGAAAUGGUGUUCUUGAUUAUAAAGAAUUCCUGCAGCAGAUCUGGAAUUCAACAGCUCCAGAAGAGAGCGAUGAUAACAAAAUUGGGGAGGAGCAGGAUGACGUUGUAGAUGAUUCACAGGAUCAAACAAUUGGUUUCUGUGUAAAAAAUGCAGUUCUGUUUCCUCCAGAGGUAGAGAAAGGUAGAUGGCCUGAAGACUACUCACUUUCUGAUCAUGCACGGCUCACUGUAGUGUUCUCGCCAAUAAGAAUGCCAUGCUCCCAGUUGAUUUGCUAACAAUAUGCUCCAUUGUGGCCAUUCUUGCUAAUGGUUUUGGAAUUACAGACAUGACAUAUAAAGGAAUGGGCGAAGCAGUGGAACGAGUAAGGAAAGAUUCAAAAGUUCUUUUCUGGGGAGAUUUUAUAGAGCCCUGUGUUGUGACGCUGCACCAUCAUUAGCCAGAAAGUGCUCUCACUCCUUGACAAGGCAAGCAAAAGCAUGCUAAUGAUCAAGUACCACUAAAGUACCAUCUCUGGCAUUGCUCGUGACCUUUGCAGUGAGUAACACUCAUCACCCACUUUGUUUUCCCCAUUUAUUCUUCUCCGGCGAAAGAUUACAGGCCAAAAGGAAGAAAAACAAAAACGAUCUGUAUAAUAGUUCUGUAUAGGUCCUAGGUCCUUUUUUGUAGUUUGGUCAGACACAUUGUAACAUUUUUUCCCUUGAUAGAGUUGCGAUAAAUUCAAAUUGUACAGU